GUCAAAAGACAUGGCAAAAGCUCAUCUCAAAAGCAAAGUGCAAAAGAAAUAAAAUCAAGAGGUGGAUGAUAAUGGACUUGCAAAAGUUUAAAGUCUCACUCGGGGCUUUGACACCGUUCCUCUUCAUCAUGGAUUUUGCGACGUGCCUUAGAGUAACCACCGUUAUCAAUUCAAAGCAGGUCGUUUCGUUGCUACGAGCUGUCGUUUUCAAUCAUGGGACGGAGUUCCUUUUCCUUUUUCGCAGGAGGUGCAGACCGAUGCAAAAGGGUCUGUAACAAUCGUAAAGUGCAAGGGAAAGACGGCGGUAUGUAGAUCUAGUUGUGGGUUUCUGCAUUAGGCCGAAGCAAUAUCAAUAUAGAACACUGAUGCAAACGAAUUCUUG